AUGAGAAUAUCUGUGGUUUCCAUAGCCGUCAUUUUGUUGGCAGUUAUACAUGUCAAUGGCGACUAUCCACCGUUUCCAACAUUUCGACCGUAUACACCUUCACCUCCUGUGGAGGAAGACGACGAAGAUGCCGCAUGCGCAUUAAAGGUGAAGUGUUCACACCGGAAAGGUUUGCCAGGAUUAGAUGGACAAAAUGGUCUUCCGGGUCUCGAUGGUUUACCGGGCUUCACAGGUGAAGAUGGGUUUAAGGGCGAAAAGGGGGAAAGAGGUCUGUCUGUAGAACGUGCAGGGUCAUCGGUGGUGUUUUUCUCCGCUCUCGACGAGAACAUGGGUCCCCUUAAUGGCGAGACGCUGCUUUAUAAGCACGUUCCAGUUAACAUCGGGUCGGCCUACGACCCCAACACCGGAAUGUUUACAGCGCCCUCUAGUGGUAUCUACCUCUUCAACAUUGUUGUGGCCGCACAACCUGAGAAAACGGCUGCCGUCCAGUUACGAAAGAUCGUGGACAAUACUGACAAACACGUGGUUGUUGUUUGGGCGGAGAGCCUUCCGAAUUGGGGCACGUCAUCAAAUUCUGUGUACCUUUCCCUCGACCAAGGACAGCAACUCUUCUUGAUUGCAAGACAAAAUCUGAAUUCGUAUUACAACGCUAGCAUGAGCACUACUUUUAGUGGACAUUUGGUUACGCCUGCUUUAUAA